UUCUGCGAUGAUCUCACUCCUGUUCCGCUUUCGAAAGUUUUUUUUUUCUUCCUCAGCUACCGCAAGUUGUACUGUUUUGCAACGUUAAUUUGUCAUUAGCGAUGGGGCAAUAAAAUCACGAGUGUGUCUCAUACGAAAAUGGCGGAUACGACUGUCGUUUGGAUUCCUGAGUAUAACUUGAAGUGAGACUGAGGCGCCCAAUGCAGAACCCGUGACUCGCGGCGCGAGGGUCAGUUGAGGCGUGGAGCGAAGAGGCACACUGUUGAUUUGACGUGUCCGAUUCGCGUGGAGCGGCGCAAAACACAUCAAGACAAAAACUGCCGCUUCCCCUGCAGUGAUGUCGUCUUGGUGGUGGGAGCAGUGGUCGCUAGUGGGCUCAAACGGCACCACUGGUUCUAGCGGCUCCAAAGACAAGACCUGCUUCAACAGUACCCAGAACACCGUCCUGAACGGAGUCCAGUUUGGGGGGGUGCCUGUUGUGCUGCUUCUCAACUUUAGCGUCUUUUUGGUGUUACUGAUCCUGUUUUCGAUUAUACGGAGGAAGUUCUGGGACUAUGGCCGCCUGGCACUGGUUGCGGACAAAGAAGGAGUCACCGGGACGGGACGCCAUCGCUACAGACACAUGUCGUCUUGUGUGUCCAAUGGGGAUGACCUCGAGUAUGAAAUGGGCUUCUGUUCUUGGCUGCCUUUCAUUCUCAGAAUGGAUGAUGAAAAAAUAAAAGCCAGAUGCGGCAGCGACGCCGUUCACUACCUGUCCUUCCAGCGUCACCUGGUCAUCCUGCUGCUGGUCAUUACUGUCACCUCCCUCUCAAUCAUACUGCCUGUCAACCUGACGGGUGACCUGCUGGGCAACAAUCCAGAGAGUUUCGGAAGGACGACGAUUGGGAAUCUUCAGAAGGGAAACGACUUGUUGUGGCUUCACACGGUGUUUGCCGUCCUCUAUCUUGCCCUCACUGUUGUUUUGCUGCGGCAUCACACAUCGCAAAUGAAAGGCAUGGGGCAAGAUACGGCCAGAAACACCUUGUUUGUGACGUCUCUCCCUAAAACAGCGACAGAGGACGACGUCAAGACGCAUUUCAUAGAGGCGUACCCAAGCUGCCGAGUGUGUGCGGUCAACAUUGCCUAUGAUGUGGCCAAGCUCAUGCACCUUGAUAAGGAAAGGGUCCGAGCCGGAAAAAACCUGCGGUACUACGAGCGUGUCCUGGAGAAGACGGGCCAGCGGGAAACAAUAUAUCCUAGACUGUGCGGCUACCUGUGUUGCUGCGCCAAGUGUGACAAGGUGGACGCUAUACAUUACUACAGCACCAAAGAAAAAGACCUGCUGGAGGAGGUGAGGCAGCAGGUGGAAGAGGUGCCACAGCGCCCCCUGGGGCUUGCCUUUGUCACCCUUCAGACGGAGGCCAUGGCCAAGUACAUUCUCAAAGACUUCAACGCGCUCGACUGCAGCGGCGCGGGUUGCUGUCGGCAGCCUCAGCAUUCGAGCAAGAGUGCGAGCAUCAAAGUGAGGAAGUGGAGGGUCAGCUUCGCACCCCAUCCGAAAAAUGUUUACUGGGACCAUUUGUCAGUGCAGGGCUUCUCCUGGUUCGCGCGCUACGCCAUGCUCAACUUCCUGCUUUUCUUCCUGCUCACCUUCCUCACCACGCCCACCAUCAUCAUCAACACCAUGGACAAAUUCAAUGUCACCAAGCCCAUCCGCUAUCUGAACAGCCCGAUCGUCAGCCAGUUCUUCCCCACGUUCUUACUGUGGUGCUUCUCCGCGCUGCUGCCCACCAUCGUCUACUACUCCACGCUGGGGGAGGCCCACUGGAGCAGGUCCAGCGAGCAGCUGAGCAUGAUGCACAAGCUUUAUUUCUUCCUGCUCUUCAUGGUGCUCAUCCUUCCCUCGCUCGGACUCACCAGUCUCGCCUUGUUUUUCCGCUGGCUUUUUGACAAAGAAUUUCUCACGGAUGGGAAGUUGAGGUUUGAAUGUGUGUUCUUACCUGACCAAGGAUCCUUUUUCGUCAACUACGUCAUUGCGGCGGGCCUGGUGGGCUCGGCCAUGGAUCUCAUGCGGUUGCCCGGUCUCCUCCUUUACACCAUCUGCCUAGCGUUCGCCCGCUCGGCCGCAGAAAGGAAAUACGUCAAACAGAACCAAGCCUACGAGUUUGAGUAUGGCGCCAUGUACGGCUGGAUCCUGUGCGUGUUUACUGUCAUCAUGGCAUACAGCGUCAUUUGUCCCAUUAUUGUGCCUUUUGGCCUCCUAUACAUGACCCUGAAGCACUUGGUCGACAAGCACAACUUGUACUUCGCCUAUUUGCCGACGCGUCUCGACCGCCAAGUCCACCUGAAGGCUGUCAAUCAAGCUCUGGCCGCGCCCAUCAUCUGCCUCAUAUGGCUUUAUUUCUUUUCUGUUCUCAGAACGGGUUUCUGGGCACCCACUUCUCUGUUCACCCUGGUGGUGCUCGUCGUCACCAUCCUCAUCUGCCUCAGCUACACCUGCUUUGGCCAUUUCCAGUACCUCAGUCCGCACAAUUACGUGGUGAGGGAGCAAGAUGAGGACACGCCUGAACAAGAGGAGGAAAACACCAUGGUUUACGUACCCAGAGUGCUGAAUCCCAAAUCAUCCGCGGGAUCUCCAAAGGCGGCCGAGGAGCGGCCGUCGUACGGUUCCACAGAGGGCAGCCCAACACACAGCCCCAGUCCUGAAAACGACAACGUGGCAAAAAAACACUUAGUUUAACCUUUCGCUUGGCAACCCGCUCCCUUGUGAACUAACCCAGCCAUCAAAGGUCACAGAAGUGUGACGCCACUGUGUCAAAGAUCAACGCAGGGGAAAGGAUGCCAUUUGUUUGACAUUAGAGAGCCAUGUUUACAAGAAAGCACACUUCUGGCCCUCUGUGAUUCGUCGCCAAAAAUACCUUGCACAGCUUUGUUUGAGGGGGAAAAAAAAGGUACAGUGGAAUGAAUGUCUUGACAAAUGAUGAAACUAAUGUCGCAUGAACAAAAUUAGCAUAACUGAUGCCAAAGAUGUGUGUGUUUUAUGAUUCAGAUGGACCCCUUCCAAGGAAAGCACUUAAUGUUAAUAAUGCACUUUCUACGUCACAGACUUGGUAUUUAUGAACAUACACACUGGGGUUAAUCGUCACACAGUCAA